CUUUAGUUUUAUCUGAAACUUUUAACCCUCAUACUCCUUCCGUUUUUCAAUCCAAUUUAAAUGAUCCCACCGUCAUUUUUAUCAUCAUAUUUAAUAUAUCCCGCUCAAAUAACUAUAAUCGUAUAUCCAAUUUAAAUGAUCCCACCGUAUUAAUGUCAAUUUGUUGGGAAAAGAGGGAAUACAAUCCACCGUGUUAUAAUGUUAGAAAAUUUUCGAUUGGCGUAAAAAAGUGACAAAACGAGUAAAGUAGCACAUAAGCCUGUUCCAUAGCCAUAACCAUAACUUCCACCGCCACCAUUACUUUACUCCAUAGAGGUAUAUUCUCAAAACCUCCAUUUUUCCUUACAGGAUAAGCAAUUGUGCCAGAUAUCGAAGAAUAUGGGGCUGCUUUCCAACAGGGUUGAUCAAAAUAGCCUUAAACCUGGGGAUCACAUCUACUCUUGGAGGACUGCUUAUAUCUAUGCUCAUCACGGUAUUUAUGUUGGGGACAAUAAAGUGAUCCAUUUCACUAGACAUGGUCAAGAAGUAGGAACCGGAACGGCUUUGGAUCUUCUUUUAGUAAGUUCUGGACCAAAUCGACGCCAUGUACCAUGCCCUACUUGCAUUCCAGCCGAAGGCAGUCAUGGUGUUAUCUCGUCGUGUCUAGAUUGCUUCCUUGCCGGUGGCAUCUUGUACCGAUUCGAAUACAAUGUUAAUCCUUCUCUUUUUGUCGCAAAACUUCGAGGAGGGACAUGCACUCUCGCAACAUCAGAUCCUGCUGAAAUUGUUGUGCACCGAGCAAAAUACCUACUGAACAAUGGCUUUGGCUUCUACAAUGUCUUCAAGAAUAACUGUGAGGAUUUUACUAUAUACUGCAAAACCGGGCUUGUAGUUGUCGACCAACUGACAAUGGGUCAAAGCGGGCAAGCAGUAUCGCUAAUUGGUGGCCCACUCGCAGCUGCUCUUUCUACACCUUUUCGUCUUUUGACUGCCAAUCCGUAUGGGAUGGCAGCGAUGGCUGUUGGUGUAUACUGCACAAGCCGAGUUGCAGCCGACAUUGGCAUGAGGAAGGAUGUGAUGAAGUUGGAGGUCGAGGAUUUAACUAGACGACUAGCCCUUCUAGGCACAUUGCAGGGACCCAACCCAGAGCUUCCAGCCCCUUCUGUCAGCUAGCGGACCGCUUUUGGUGGUUGUAUCCGUAGCAUUUAAUUACAAUCAUCAUCACCAUCAUCGUACUAGGUGUUCCCGUCUAUAGAAAAUAUGAUCAGGGUCUGAAGAGGAAAAGAAAGUGGCAACUCAUAUCUAUAAAGGAGGAUGCGACUAAAGAGUUCCUCGGCUCGAGAAAGAUCAUCAUCUAAAGCAUUUAAUGUGUGUUUUAAUAAAUCACUUGUUCCACCUUGACUAUCUUAUUUUAAAUUUACAUGUAGAUGUAAUACUUGGGUAAUUGUAUCUCAUAGCUUCAAUCAGUGGGAAAUACCGGUAUGAUGAUGAUGGCGACUACUUGGUUAAUUGUAUCUCGGAUAUCGCAAACAUAUUCAGUUAACAAUUUAGUUCAGUUGUGUGUUUCGAGUUUUGACUAAUCUGGUUGGACUCGACUCUGAUGCAAAAUUGUUUUUCAUUACU